UAUAUAUGCAUAUCUAAACGUACACCCACUCUCGCUAUAUAUAAAUACAUCGUCUCUUUGAAGCUCUCUCACCAUGUGAGAUAUGACUUACAUGGCUACUCCUUCGCAUGUGAAAACCUGUUGAAUUCUCUUUAUCCUGCUUAUAGAGAUCCAAUCUUAUAUCAGAAUUCAGAAAGAAGGGAAAAAAUUCUGAGUUUUUUCCGUGUGUUAGGGUUCAAAGAUCAUUUCUACUUGUUAAGGAGCCUUCUCGAAGUAGAAACACAUUGUUUUUGAUGGAUAAAAGUAAGUCUUCUAACCAUGGCACUGGAAGUUUAUUGCCUCCAUCAGGGAGGUUCUCUGUUUUUUCUCCUCCUCGUAGUGGUUAUAAUGCAGAGUCUGGGCAAAUGGGAUCAUCAAAUUUGCCUCCACUAGGCCCAGGGAGUUCAUCGGAGCAGGGUCAUUUUGGUCAAGGGAUGCAGUUAGAUGAUAUAAGCCAAAUGCCUGAUAACCCAUCUAAGAAUCUGGGACACCGACAUGUUCGCUCAGAGAUUCUUACUCUUCCCGAUGAUAUUAGCUUUGACGGCGAUCUUGGUGUUGUUGGAGAAUUUGAACCAUCAUUGUCAGAUGAGACACAAGAAGACCUGUUGUCAAUGUAUCUUGACAUAUAUAAGUUCAAUUCAACAUCUGGCAUUUCUGCAGUCCAAGUGGGUGAAUCAUCUAAUCCUAUAGCGGCAAAUUCCGGUCCUUUAACCAACCCUUCAACCGAUAAUGUGGUUCUGGAUUUAAGCGAAAACCCAAGUGGUAGGCAUCAGCAUAGCCAAUCCAUGGAUGGGUCUCUGAAUCCCGAUAUGCUCAUGUCAGGUUCGGAAGAGCUGUCUCCACCUGAGUCAAAGAAAGCUGCAUCUGCAGAUAAGCUUGCUGAGCUUGCUCUUGUUGAUCCAAAACGUGCUAAGAGGAUUUGGGCAAAUAGGCAAUCGGCUUCUCGGUCAAAAGAACGGAAGAUGAGAUAUAUUGCUGAUCUUGAAAGGAAAGUCCAAUCUCUGCAGACAGAAGCUACUACCUUGGCUGCACAGUUAGCCAUGUUGCAGAGAGAUUCAAACAGUCUUACAAAUGAAAACAGUGAACUCAAAGUGCGAGUGGAAACAAUGGAACAACAAGUUCACUUGCAAGAUGCAUUAAAUGACGCGCUGAAAGAUGAGGUCCAGCAUCUGAAAGUGUUGACUGGUCAAGCAAUGCCAAACAGUGGACCUAUGUUAACUUUCCCUGGCUGUGCAUCCUUUGGAUCCAACCAGCGGUAUUAUCCCAACAGUCGAGCUACGCACACAAUGUUAACUGGUCAACAAUUACAGCAGCUCCAGAUUCGUUCUCAGAAACAGCAGCAUCAGUUACAACAGCAUCAACUACUUCAGCAGCAACAAGCUAGGGACUCGCAACUGAGAAGUUCGAUGCUCGCUCAUAUUCGAAAGGACCUCCCUCCAGAUUCAUCCUCAAGGGAUUAGAAUUGGAAAUGGAUGUGUAAUUGAUACUGGGAGGUUAGUGUAGUUCAGGAAUCUCGGUAGUUGUCAUUUAUCUUAGAUUUGCUCUUUUGGUUAGUCUAUUUAGAUCAAAACUACAGGAUAUUAAUUUCUAUAGGAAGUCUAUUAGAUUUUAGUUGGUUAACUUUUGAAGGUUUUUGGAUUAAAUUAUCGUCAUCUAGACGUCAGUUUCUUAGUUGAUUCAAAAUUUCCUUUUUAGUUGAUUCA